AUUAAAUCCGCCUAAAAAGUGAACGGUUCAUAUUUCAACAUCGUAAAAUGUCAUCCUCGCGUGCAGUUUUUGUAACACUAACUUUCUUUGUGUGCAUAACUUUCGUUCAAGCUGUCACUAAUGUAGACCCGACAUCACGCGAACUCGAUCAAUUCCGUUACUGCAUGCGCCAAUCGCAGCAUCCGAGUUUGCGUGAGUGCAUCGGUCGCACAGCCCUCAAUUUCCUGCAGCGCUUCGAUGAACAGGACAAUUACACACUAUUUAGGGAUUUAGUUUCUACGAAGGACGAUAAAAUUUCGGCGCGUUCUUUGGUAAAUUUUUUGGACACAGACCCUGUGGAUUUUAGAGGAAUAUUGGAAAAUGCCGGUGCCGUAAUGGGUCAACGUGGGCUUGAAUGGCAUAUGGAUGCAAUAUAUCCGGGAUUAAUGUUCAAGAUUGGGCCCACUGCCGAUACUAAUAGUGUUGCGCAGUUUGUGCUGGAUCCAUCUACUGCUGAGCGAAACUUUGGCUAUGAAGAGCCAUCAACGGCUCGCCUCUUAACGAAACAAUACUUGCUGCCAUUUUUGCUCGGCUUUAAAUUCAACUUGGUCGCACUGGUGCCGCUUGUGUUCGCUGGUAUCUGCUUGCUGCUGAAGAAGUCGCUUUUCUUGGCUAAGUUCGCCAUUUAUCUAAGCAGCUUUUUAGGCGUUGGUGGAGCUUUAACUGCACUCAGUGCUGGCGCUGGUGCAGGCGGAUUUGGUGGCUUUGGACUUUUCGGCGGAGGCGGUGGUGGACCUCCACUGGGACCCUCGCCCUUCAACCCUCUCGCUCAUGCAUAUGGAGGUGGCGAUGGCUACUUACCCGGCAAAGCAGGUGUUUUCAAUCAACACUAUGAAAACGAUGAACUUCAUCACCAUCCACCAUAUAAACGCAACGAUCGUAAAGUAAACUUCGAGAAGCCACGUGAAUAUGCAUCACGGGCUACCGUAACAGCAACAACGCCGGCUCCUGACCGAUUUUACGACUAUGAGAAGCAAGUAGCCAUGAUACACAAUAGAAGCGGAAAAUUGCGAUCAACGAACGGAAAACUCGGUCCCAGUGCUUAUGAUGACGACGAAGGUGAGGUAAAAAUUGCUGAUUUCAAGACAACGAAUCAAGAACAUAAUGGUUGGAAAGUCGUUGAUUUGAGGUUGCCAACCUCCGUCGGAACACUGAAAAAAAUUGGCGCUGGAAUCUCGAACGCAAUCGAUGGACUAUCGCUGCAGAAUAUUGCACCGCCUGAAACGUUGCCCGAAACGGAGGCGGCGCAAGCGGAUGAAGGUACGCAUCGACUAUUCAAUGGUCUAGUAGAUGAUAAAUUAGAAACAUUCAGUGCUAGCAGUAGUGACGACACAAUAUUCUUGCAAAAUGACAAAGACAAGAUUGAACUGGACAAGAAUAAAGACAAAGACAAUAGAGACAAAAAGAAGAAAGAAAAGGACAAGUGCAAAGGUAAGGACAAGAACAAAACAAAGAAAGACAAAUACAAAGAUAAGAAUGAACACAAAGACAAGGACAAGCAUAAGAAAAAACUAGUAAUUAAAGAAGGACUUUCAAAUAAUUACAAUUCACUUAAAGGACGCAAAAAGAAGGGCAAAGACAAAAAUAUGGCAAUGAUGGGUGGAAUGGCGAUGAUGGCUAUGGUCGCGCAAAUGUUCCUCGGCAAAGUGAUCCUGAUCGCGGGCGCCGCCUUCGUUAUGGCGAAAGUAGCACUGCUCGUUUCCGUACUCGGCAGUCUCAAAAAGGGAUCGACUGGAAGUAGCGUUAGCACGGAGCGUAUUGUUGUAACCGGCCAAGGACAUGGCAGCGGAGGUGGACACGGCAGAUAUGAGCACGAUGAAGGAUGGCAUCGUCGCCACAUGCCACAUAUUUAUCCUGCGGCAGAAAUAAUCAGCGAAGGGCUACAGCCUGUCAAAGCUUAUCAUCACUCGCCUACGCCACCUCCUCCACCAAAAGCUUCCGCUAGUCAUCAAAAUCACCGCUAUUACGUCAAUGAAAUCAACGAAGCAGCUAAUGAAGACAUAGAUGAUGGUUAUAGACGUAGACAGGCGCAAGCUGGAUUUCUUUAG